UCAGGUGGUAGAAAAUCCGUGCUGAAAAGUGUUACUAGUCUUUCGCCGUGACACAAUCUGGUCCGAAAACCAUUCCAUUAGUCCUCGAAGAUGGCCAGACUGGGAGUUUCUGUGGCCUUAUUGCUGGCAUUCGCUGUGUUCGGCGGUGCCUUUGCCGAUAGUGUUCCCGUUUUUGUCUGGGGCAAACCAUCCGUAACGUACGUCCCAGCGCUGAGCCGCUACGCCAGCUCGGAGUUUUCCGCCCUGAUCGCGGCACAGACUGAUGAAAACACGUUCACGAUCGUGUUUGCCGAAGAUAGUCUUUCAACCGAAGAUCUUAGCCAGUGCAGAUUGAAGACGCAAACGUGCUUCAAGAAUUUGCAGAAAAUCGAGCGCAAAUCGUACCUUCCGAGCGUGGAGGAACCGCUCAGCAUUCUGGACGGAUCGAACGCACAAAACGUUCAGCUGCAAUCCGACGGUUCGCUGAGCGAACGCAUCGUGCCCCGCGCUGGCGGUGUCGUCGUCGUUCACCUAUCGAGCGGAGAUUACGCAUCACAUGAUGCGCUCGUCGACGCACUGUUCGCACGGCUGCGUGGCGAGUACCCCAACAUUCUGGCCAUCUACACCGGCAAAACGCCAUCGUUCAGCUACUCGACGCUAGUUCGCAAAGCGCGUCAGGCCGAGGAGGAGGAGGAAAUACUGCCAACACAGUUGCUGAAUGCCACCGAGUUCCUGAUUGCGUUCCAACUGUUCCAGCACGGUCCGGCCGAGGAAGAGACGCUGACGACGGUGCAGCUGGACAAAGCCGUGAAAGUGGCGGAAAACUCGAGCCUCGAUGAGGAGCAUCAAACGAUGCACAUCAAAAUAACGGGGCCCAGUGCAAACCUCGAUCUGUUCAUGCGGGUAACGCAGGGCUCUUGGGAGAUCACCGGGGUGACGUACAACGACGAGGAGUACUACCUCCGUAACCGGGUGCACAUAAAUCAGCACUUUUCCUAUCACUGCCACCGCUGGGAGUACUACACGGUCGACUUGAAGGAGAGAAUCGUGUUCCAGGAGGUGCAGCUUCAACCGUUCUUUGCAUUCGAAGGCUUUGAGUACAAUAACUCCAGAUUCAGCGACUCGUGGGACUGUGUCGGGUUCACCAGUGGCGGCAUCCUUUCCGGCCUAUUCGUGAUUCUUAUCUUUAUCAUCAUCGGCUCGUACGGUAUCGCGUGGAUGUUGGACAUCCGCACGAUGGAUCGGUUCGAUGAUCCGAAGGGCAAGACGAUCAUCGUGAAUACGGCAGAGUAGAAGAAUGGUUGCCGCGGCCAAAAUUCGUAGUAGCACACCUGCCGCCGGUUUAACAAGAAAUACACACGCAAACGAGCAUUGA